CCGCGCGGAGCCUCCUCCCCGCCCAGCGCCGGCCCGAGCGGCGGCGGCGGCGGGCCGAGGAGGAAAGAUGGCGGCGGGCUCGGAUCUGCUGGACGAGGUCUUCUUCAACAGCGAGGUGGACGAGAAAGUGGUGAGCGACCUGGUGGGCUCGCUCGAGUCGCAGCUGGCGGCCAGCGCGGCCCCCCACCACCAUCUCGCGCCCCGCGCGCCCGAGGCGCGGGCCGCGGCCGCCGGCGCGCUCGGGAACCAUGUUGGAGCCGGAGCCGGGCCGGCCGAGGGCGCGCCCGCAGCGGCGCCGGAGCCGCCCCCCGCAGGUAGAGCGCGGCGCGGCCUGAGCGCGGGCGGGCGGCGCCCGGGCCCGCGUCCUCACCGCGCCGCCCCGCCUGUCCCCGCAGGGCCCGCCGCGAAGCUGAGCGCGCUCGAGGCCGGCGCGGCGCCCGGCGCGGCGGCGACGCCCGCGGCCUGCGCGCCCGCGCCCGGGGCCGGGCCCGCGGCCGCGCCCGAGCCCGCCGCCAAGCCCGCCGCCGGCGCCGCGCAAACUUUGAAUGGGAGCGCCGUGCUGGUGAACUCGCACCGCGCCGCCGCCGCACCUGCCGCCAGCCUGCUGCACAACGGGCCCGCACCCGCGCCGCCGCCCAAGCCCGCCGCCGCCGCCACUGUCAUCCAGACGCCGCCCUUCCUCGGCGCCCCCGCCGCGCCCCCCGCGCCCCGCGCCCCCUCGCCCCCCGCGCCCGCCGCCGUGCCCGCCGCGCCCCCCGCGCCCGCCGCCGCGCCGCCGCCGCCGCCGCCCGCUGCCGCCAGCCUGGCCCGGCCGCCCGGCCACCCGGCCGCACCCCCGGCGGCGGCGCAGAACGGCGGCAGCGCCGCGCCCCCCGCGCCCCCAGCCGCCGCCGCCGCCGCCGCCGCGGCCCCCGCGCCCCCCGCCGCCGCGGCCCCCGCGCCCGCCGCCAACAGUCAGCCCGGGCCGGCCGCCGCCGCCGCGCCCGCCCCGGGGCCCAAGGCCGAGUCGCCCAAGACGGCCGUGCCGGCGGCGCCGGCGCCCGCGCCCCCGCCGCAGACCCUGGCGGCCGGCUGUCCGGCCGGGGCGGGGGCCGGCAUGCUGCUGGGGCCCACGCUGUCCGCCGCUGCCGCCGCCGCCGCCCCCGGCCUCCCGCCGCCCGCCCCCGGCACCCCCACCGGGCUGCCCAAGGGCCCGGCCGGUGCCGUGACCCCCAGCCUGCCCCGGACGCCCACGGCCGCCGCCAGCGGGAUCCGGGCCACGCUGACGCCCACCGUCCUCGCCCCCCGCCUGCCGCAGCCGCCGCAGAACCCCACCAACAUCCAGAACUUCCAGCUGCCGCCAGGCAUGGUCCUCGUGCGGAGCGAGAACGGGCAGUUGCUCAUGAUCCCUCAGCAGGCCUUGGCCCAGAUGCAGGCGCAGGCCCACGCGCAGGCCCAGCCGCAGACCCCCAUGGCACCCCGCCCUGCAACCCCCACCAGUGCCCCCCCCGUGCAGAUCUCCACGGUACAGGCACCUGGGACCCCCAUCAUUGCUCGUCAGGUGACCCCUACUACCAUCAUCAAGCAAGUGUCUCAGGCCCCGACGACGGUGCAGCCCGCCGCCGCUCUGCAGCGCUCCCCUGGCGUGCAGCCUCAGUUGGUCUUGGGCGGCACAGCCCAGACCACGGCACUCGGGACGGCAACAGCUGUGCAGACGGGGACCCCUCAGCGAGCAGUACCCGGGCCCACCACCACCUCUGCGGCCGCCACAGAGACGAUGGAGAACGUGAAGAAGUGUAAGAACUUCCUGUCAACGCUGAUCAAGCUGGCUUCGUCCGGCAAACAGUCCACGGAGACGGCUGCCAAUGUGAAGGAACUCGUUCAGAACUUACUGGACGGGAAGAUCGAAGCCGAGGAUUUCACGAGUCGGUUAUACCGGGAACUUAAUUCUUCACCUCAACCUUACCUUGUGCCUUUCCUGAAGAGGAGCUUGCCCGCCUUGAGACAGCUGACGCCCGACUCCGCGGCCUUCAUCCAGCAGAGCCAGCAGCAGCCGCCGCCCGCCUCGCAGGCCACCACGGCCCUCACGGCCGUGGUGCUCAGCAGCUCCAUGCAGCGCACGGCCGGGAAGACCGCGGCCACCGUGACCAGUGCCCUGCAGCCCCCCGUCAUCAGCCUCACGCAGCCCACACAGGUGGGCGCUGGCAAGCCCGGGCAGCCCACACCGCUGGUGAUCCAGCAGCCGCCGAAGCCGGGGACGCUGCUCCGGCCCCCCCAGGUGACCCUGACGCAGACGCCCAUGGUCGCACUCCGGCAGCCCCACAGUCGCAUCGUGCUGACGACGCCGCAGCACAUCCAGCUGAACCAGCUGCAGCCAGUCCCCGUGGUGAGGCCUGCGGCGCUGCCUGGAACCAAAGCUCUCUCUGCGGUCUCGGCCCAAGCGGUGGCAGCGCAGAAGAACAGACUCAAGGAGCCCGCGGGUGGCUCUUUCCGGGACGAUGACGACAUCAACGACGUCGCCUCGAUGGCCGGGGUCAACCUGUCGGAAGAGAGUGCCAGGAUCCUGGCCACCAACUCGGAGCUGGUGGGCACCCUCACUCGGUCGUGCAAGGACGAGACCUUCCUGCUGCCGGCGCCGCUGCAGAGACGGAUCUUGGAGAUCGGUAAGAAGCACGGCAUCACGGAGCUGCAUCCGGACGUGGUGAGCUACGUGUCCCACGCCACGCAGCAGAGGCUCCAGAACCUGGUGGAGAAGAUCUCAGAGACGGCGCAGCAGAAGAACUUCUCCUACAAGGACGAUGACCGAUACGAGCAGGCCAGUGACGUCCGGGCUCAGCUCAAGUUCUUCGAACAGCUUGAUCAGAUCGAGAAACAAAGGAAAGAUGAGCAGGAAAGGGAGAUCUUGAUGCGAGCAGCCAAGUCUCGAUCCAGACAAGAAGAUCCAGAGCAGUUAAGGUUGAAACAGAAAGCAAAAGAGAUGCAGCAACAGGAGCUGGCACAGAUGCGGCAGCGUGAUGCCAACCUCACGGCACUGGCGGCCAUUGGGCCAAGGAAGAAGAGGAAAGUGGACUCCCCGGGCCCGGGGUCGGGAGCAGAGGGCUCGGGCCCCGGCUCCGCCAUCCCAGGCAGCUCCGGUGUUGGAACCCCCAGGCAGUUCACGCGACAAAGGAUCACGCGGGUCAACCUCAGGGACCUCAUAUUCUGUUUAGAAAACGAGCGUGAGACAAGCCAUUCGCUGCUGCUCUACAAAGCAUUCCUCAAGUAGCACAGUGGCCCAGACGGCACGGCUGGGGACGCUUUUCUAUAUUUGCAGAUCACGCCUUUUUGUAACGAGCAAACGGGAUCUUCUUUAAACCGCCGCCUCUUUGCAACGGAACCGUUUUAUAUUCCUGUUUCUAAGUCAGCUCUUCAGUACAGACGGACACGCACUUCUGUGACAAGACAGAGGCCCGUGGGUCCUGGCAAAGGACAGCGAAUCCUGACUCAUCUUCGAUUGAGUGGCCUUCUUGCCAAACAAGCCAUAUAAAACUGAUGGAAUCGUCUAGCAAAUAACCCGCUCUCCUCUGUCACCUCGUAGCAGUCCCAAUGAUUUCCGCGUCUGGUUUAGUUCAACCUGACUUCCCGCGUAGGGUGUGUCUACAGCCAAUGACCUCAUUUCAUUUAUUUUAUUUUUGUACCAGUCAGUUGGCAAAGCAAACUGAUUUUUAGAGUAUUUAUCUCCCCCUUUGUUCGAAUUCUUGAGGGUCCCCAUGUCGCGCCUCCCCUGGGGGCUGAGCCCGGGGGCGGGCCUGGGCGCCUUCUGAAUGUGGCCCUUGUACAAAUGCAGUUUAUUUGCUAUCGUUUGUAAAGCUGUAAAGUUAAAAGAAAUGAAAACCUUUUCAGCAUAAAUAUAUUUUACUUGCACUGUGUUUUUUAGCUAAAAGUGAAAACUUAGAUGAAAUAAAAUCAAAGUUGAGAAGAAUCAUCAAAAGACUGUUUCUCAGUGUGAAUCAAGUGUUGGACAAUGGUCGUGUAUCUUGUCGGUGACUGUACAUAAUUCUCGGCACAUGCAAUGGCUGUGGAGCUGGAAUUAUUUUACUAAGAGACUGCGAGCUGGGGCCGCAGGGCCGCUGCAGGGUCCCUUCUUUGUACCUAUUUUUUUAUUACAAAUAUACUAAUUGGUUCUUUAUAUUUUCAGAGGUUAUUGUAUGAAAUUGUCUAUUGAUAGUACUUUUAUGACUGUAAAUACCCGGCUUUCUCCGUGGGUGCUCAUGGGCUCUCGCCCUCCCGUGAGCUGAAUGCUGAUCAGUAUUUUUUAUCGACGCCUGAAAGCUGUUACCCCUUUAUUUUGUCUUUUAGGAAAUCCCCGUCUUUCCAUUUUUUCAUGUAAAUUUUGCACAGUUACUUGUUCAUAUGUAAAUAUUUUACUUUCAAAAAUGAAGUUUUUAAUUGCUAUUGUUUUAUAUAGGAUUGAAAGAAAAUUAACUCCUUUAUUAAAAACAAAUUUAUCUGUA